AAGGGCGCUCCGCGAGCCCGUCUCCUCGAAUGAAAGGAAACAACCUCCGGCGACAGAGCCCCGCUCUCAGGCGCUGCCGGAGAACCGGGACCGACUUCUUUCUCUUUCCCCUCAUUGGCGCUUCUCUCGUGCCGUCCGCCUCUGGGCCCCGCUGCGUUUUUUGAUACUUAAAGUGGCAUUCUAAAGGCCAUUUUUAAAUCAUGUCAAGCUCAGUUGAACAGAAAAAGGGGCCUACAAGACAGCGCAAAUGUGGCUUUUGUAAGUCAAAUAGAGACAAGGAAUGUGGACAGUUACUAAUAUCUGAAAACCAGAAGGUGGCAGCACACCAUAAAUGUAUGCUCUUUUCAUCUGCUUUGGUAUCAUCACACUCUGAUAAUGAGAGUCUUGGUGGAUUUUCUAUUGAAGAUGUCCAAAAGGAAAUAAAAAGAGGCACAAAACUGAUGUGUUCUUUGUGCCAUUGUCCUGGAGCAACAAUUGGUUGUGAUGUGAAAACAUGUCACAGAACAUACCACUACCACUGUGCAUUGCAUGACAAAGCUCAAAUACGAGAGAAACCUUCCCAAGGGAUUUACAUGGUUUAUUGCCGAAAACACAAGAAAACUGCGUAUAACUCUGAAGCUGAUUUAGAAGAAAGUUUUAAUGAACAUGAACUGGAGCCCUCAUCACCUAAAAAUAAAAAGAAAAGUCGCAAAGGAAGGCCACGAAAAACUCAUUUGAAAGGGCUGUCGGAAGAUACCAGGUCUACAUCCUCCCAUGGAACAGAUGAAAUGGAAAGUAGUUCCUAUAGAGAUAGAUCUCCACACAGAAGCAGCCCUAGUGACACCAGGCCUAAAUGUGGAUUUUGUCAUGUAGGUGAGGAAGAAAAUGAAGCUAGAGGAAAACUGCAUAUAUUUAAUGCCAAAAAGGCAGCUGCACAUUAUAAGUGCAUGCUGUUUUCUUCUGGCACAGUCCAGCUCACAACAACAUCAAGAGCAGAAUUUGGAGACUUUGAUAUUAAAACUGUACUUCAGGAGAUUAAGCGAGGAAAAAGAAUGAAGUGUACACUUUGCAGUCAGCCCGGUGCUACUAUUGGAUGUGAAAUAAAAGCCUGUGUUAAGACUUACCAUUACCACUGUGGAGUACAAGACAAAGCUAAAUACAUUGAAAAUAUGUCACGAGGAAUUUACAAACUAUACUGUAAAAAUCACAGUGGAAAUGACGAAAGGGAUGAAGAAGACGAGGAGCGAGAGAGUAAAAGUCGUGGAAAAGUAGAAACUGACCAGCAACAACUGACUCAGCAGCAACUUAAUGGAAACUAGUGUUGAAAUUUUCCCAGUGGUAGGUGCUAUUGAAGGGUUUGCUGAAACCACCUGUGGCUCCACAGGAGAAAAGACCUGGCGAUCUGCUCUUGUAAAGAUUACAGCCAAGAAAACUGUGUGGGACAGUUCUGCGUUGUCACAUGGCGUCACUGUGAGUCUAAAUCAACUUGACGGCACCUAACAACAACAACAACAACAUACUUAUCCAAAUUUCCACAGAUUCGGACGGGGAGAAGGGGAGGGCAGAGAGCAAAUUCAAAAUCUUGAGGUUUUGUUUGAAAUCAUCUUGGGGUCAAAAUGUAGAAUUCACUUUAUAUAUCAUCACUGUUCAUAUAUGAGAUACAGGCAUAUGUUACAGGCAAUUCUAGUAUAGAUUCUGUAAAAGCAAAUGCUCAUUAAUCAGGUUUUAUACUAAUAUAAGCUUCUCAGAGACAUUUAAGAAUAUUAGAAGAAAAAAUCAAUAAAGAUAAAAUACAAUUGCUAAAUCGUAGAAAAAUGUGUCAGAUGUUACAUCUUUAAAAAUCCACACACAGUUGAUGCAGAAACAUUUUUUUCAAUUUCACUGUGCUUUAGAUGAAAGUUUACAGUGCAAAUUAGUUUCUCAUUCAGAAAUUUAUGCACAAAUUGUUUUGUGACAUUGGUUCCAAUCCCCGCAAUGUGACAGCGCUCUCCCCAUUUCCACCCUGGGUUCCCCAUGUCUAUUCGUCCAGUUUUCCUGUCCCUUCCUGCCUUCUCGUCUUGCUUUUGGGCAGGAAUUGCCCAUUUGGUCUUGUAUCUUUCACUGAACUAAGAAGGAAGUAGGAACAUUUCUAUAUAUUCAUGUAACUUAGAAUGUUAUCUAGAUUUACCUUUAAAAAUUAUAAAUACUAAUACCAGUUUCUGUAAUUGAAGCACACUUCAAUUGUGAUACGCUUCAACUGCAACCCCAAGAUUAUCUUAAAGGUACACAAAUUUAACUUUAAUUUUUAGUAUAGAAAUCGAGCUGCUUGCUUGGAAUCAAAAUUAUGCCCUUUAAAGUUAAGAUUAUAUGUAAUUUUCCAGCUGGGAAGAAAAGGAUUAAGCAUCAGGUUUGCAACAGGGGACCGGGGUUCCAACUGGAACGAAAGGUUUGAACCCUGCUGAGAAUUUGCAUUUCUAACAAGUUCCUGUAACCAGUUGCCUUCACUGACUGGUAACAAGCUCCCAGGCACUACUAAAUCCUGCUGGUUAGGAACCAAUUCUGGGAACCACUAGUAGAGCAGUGGCUCUCAAAUUUUACAAUACGUAAGAAUCACAUCUUGUUAAAAUGUAAAUUCUGAUUCAGUAUAUCUGGGAUGGAAAUGCAAAUUCUCAGCAGGGGUUUGAAGCCCUGGUUUGCAAUCCAUUUUCUCAGUUACUUGGAGAGGAGAAGCCGCACAGGAAAGUAGACAGAUGACCUUGUUGAAUCCUUUAUGGCAGACCUGGUAAACAGAGUAAUGGUAUUUGCCAGUAAGAGCCCUUAUCUAUGGAAUGCGGCUAGCAGGAUAUACCUGGUCUAGCAUUGCUUAUGAUAAGCCUGAAAUGCAUGGAUUUGUGGGGCAUGGAUCCCUGGAAAAUGUCACGUAAACUAUGUGAGUAGAAAAUGAAAAUGUCUCAUGACUGAGACAGCUCCUUCUGAAUAAAGGAUGUGAUUACACACCUCUUAGAGACCUCUUAUGUUAAUCUGGGCCCUGAGUGCAACCAAUGCAGCCAAAAAGGAUCUGGGGGCAGGGGAGGCUGCAGUGACAGUUCCAAACCUCUUUCUGCUUCCCCUGUGUCUCACAAUUACCUGUGUCCUUGAAAUUGUUAGUAAAACAUGAUACUGGCUAAAAUCUCUGAUUCAUGUAAAUCGGGUUUGAUCAUCUAUUCCUUUGUGUUUUCUCACUCCGUUUCAUUGUACAAUAUACCUUUUGAAUAGGCAAAAAAGGUUUUUAAAUAGGCAUUUAAUAUUGCUGAGAAAGCUUUUUAAACAAUAUAGUUGUAUUGUCAGUUACACUACAGUCUUGCAUACAAGGAAAAAGACCUCUGCAAGCCAGUUCACUCCUGGUAGGGGCAGUUUAUAGGAAAAGAGAAGGGGUUAGAUAAUCAUUGUAAGACUAGAGUACAAAAAGAAAAAAAAAUCUGGUUAAAAGUCAGCACGGCAGGGGGUAACUUGUUUCCCAGAAAACAUGUUUAAUCUCAUUAAAGUUCAUCAGAAAAUGACUUAAGCAUUUUAUCAGAAAUGUUCAUUUUUUAUCAGAAGGAGUCUGUGAAUUAUAAAAAAAUGAGUCCCCAAUCAGAUUUGGAACAAUGGUUGCUUUACUGUUUUCUUCUUUUGAUUUAGAUAACCUUUAAAGAUCUGUCUUGGUUGAAAGAAAGUCAAUCUCAUAGCAUUUAUGUGCUAAAAUCAUUAAUUGAAUUUGUUGCCUACUCGAUUGCUUUUAAAAUUUCUAAUUGAUGGUGGAAGUUAAACAUAGUCUUAAUUUAUACAGUACACACACAAUCAUUGCUAGCAUUAUAUAUUAAUGCUGCUAUUAUUCCCUUAAACUGGCUUCCUAUAUUGGGAGAGCAUUUUCAAACAACACCCCAUGAUAACCCAUUUUCAGUGGUAACUAUUUCAUGUAUCCGAUGAACCUGGGUGUAAUAGCUUCUGUUACCGAGGGCCCCUUCCUUGGUUGAACCCAACUGGAUUCGUGCCACCCAAGACUAUUGAGGCAGCCUGGAGUCACACAAGCAAAUUUAUUCUGCCAGCAGCUAGCAGAAGGAGACAGUAAGGGCUAGAACCUUCAGAGAGACUGUGAGCCAAGUAUUUAAGGGUUUCAAGAAGGAGGGGAAGCGGGGUUUUGAUGUUUAUUCAUGAGGUUCUUGGAGGGAGAGAUUCCUGAGAAGGGGUUGGAUUAUGCAAAUACAGGUGAGCUUGCAGGAUUUCUUCAAGAUGGAAGUCCUUGGGUUCCCCUUGACAUAACUCAUUAUGGGAUGUGACGCAGGGGCACUGGGUCUCUUUGUCACAUGGCCCCCUUCAGCUGGGACGGGAAGGACAAAUAGUGGUUUCUCUGACUUCUUUUGCACACCCUCUGCUCCCGUGUAGUCCUGCAAUAGCUACAAUAACAGUUCAUUUGCAACAUUUCAGCUCGUACCAUCCCUUAGCUGGUACACUAUGCUCACAGGGGCCUGUGUGUUCUGUUCUGAUCUUCAGGGGAUGGGCCAGGUUGUUUACUCCACUCUUUGUCCUGCUUGUCUUCCCCCACCCGCCCGCCUCUUUGCGAAGGGGGGCCUAAGGGUGCAACCAGCCCUGCUCUAGCCUAGUCCUGUCUCACUUCCAGUGCCCCUUAUACCUGUGACCUUCCCUGGUGACUUAUCCUUGCCUGAUGGGAGCCUGGGAAGCCCUCCCCCUGUUCCCCUCUUCAGGGCAGCCAUUGAUACUAGGAUACAAAAUCCGAGUCCCCUGCUUCAAAGCAGGACUACUGCAGGUUUUCCCCCUAUGGAUCAGAGCAACUCUAGAUAUUACCUGAGACAGUAUCCUUGUUCAGCUGUCUCUCCUUCCCUGUCCUGCUGCAAUCCCUCCACAAAUCAAGUGCACUCAAAGCCCUUUCUAGGGCACCACACCUAAAGCACUGGGCUUCUAUAUUUCGCAUGCUGGUUUUAAUUUGGCCUAUUUGACUUACCUAGCUGGGUACAUUCAGAGUCACCGAUUAACACACAGAAGCCUCCUUGCUGUAUGGUCAGCAAAUUCAGUUCCAUAAGAUAUUAAGUAAGCACUGGUGCCAGAGUUAACUUCUGUUGGAAGACUUCAUACAGCCCUUAUUUUUUUCUAUUGCUUCUAGGAUGCUAAAAAAAAUUUUUUUUACUGCCCAAUCAGCAUGUCUACUCUGAUAUAAAAAAAAAUUGCCUUCGAGUCCAUUCCAACUCAUAGCAACCCUAUAGGACAGAGUAGAACUGCCCCAUAGAGUUUCCAAGGAGUGCCUGGGGGAUUUGAUCUGCCAACCUUUUGGUUAGCAGCUUUAGCUCUUAACCACUACAGCACCAGGGUUUCCACUCUGAUACCAGAUCAUCUAAUUUGCCUUUACCUGUUUUCAUCUGUGGUAUUUAUCUGUAGGGCUAUCCCACUUUUAUCAAAAUUACCAAAGUUUGUCAAUGUUCUUGGCCUGCUAGGAAGUAACAUUCUUUACUAUCGUAGAGCCAUAGAGCAGAUAAAGGCAUCAACUGAUAGGUUCUUGUCCAGCAAACUAGAAAAUUGAAGUCAGCCAGACACAGGGUUGGAAGAACAGAAAGGCUUAGUCACAGUUUGCAAACUGGGAGGCAGGCAAGGCCUUGUAACCUAAGGCUGCCAGCUCUCUGAACUAUGGCAGAUUUGCUCCUUGUAUAAGGAGUGACAUACAUACACAUGAUCAAUGAGGAGAGGCUAGUCUUGUGAUGCCUGCGUAGUCUGCUCUAAAAAUAUUGCACUCAGCCCUAAAAAAUGGCAAUGGCUCAAUACUGCCAUCCCAGAAAGGUCAUAUAGGGGAUAGUUCCUGAGUCAGUGCACCUAGGCCUCCACCUCCUGCCAGGGGAAGAGAGGAAACCUGGGGAAUCAACCAAUCAUGGUGAAGUGUUGUAAAAGUUGUAACAAAAAUGUAGCAAGAGUAGACUUUUCUGAAAAACAACUAUUAUGGGAUGGCCAAUAACCCUCUCAUGACUGCCUGCUUCACAGAUACCAGACCAGUUUCGUAGGAGGACUUCGUAGGCAGUGUCCACAUACGAAGUACACUCUUAUUUUACACUUUAAUGUUAGACUGGACAUACCAAUGAAGUGAAACUUGUGUUUAAAUGUGAUAUUGGUUGUGGUGACAAAUUUGGUUUAUCCGUUUAUAUCCUGUAAGGAAGAAUUAUUGAUUCUUAUGGAAACUUAUUUUUCAUUUAUAGAUGUUUUACAGAUGCAUUAUAGUUAGAGUCAAUAAAAUAUAAUGCACUGUUCUUUACAAAAUGCAGAGUUUUUUUUAGCUUCCUGCAUUUAGAAAGCACUCCUAAAUUCCAUUUCUUGUAGGUUCAGUUCUUAAGUUCUCCAGAGAAUUCAUUAGUUUGUACUCAUUUCCCUUAUUAAAACUUCCUGUGGAACACUUUUGGAGCCCCAGUGGAGCAGUGGUUAAGAGCUGGGCUGCUAACCAAAAGGUUGGCAGUUAGAAUCCUCCAGCCACUCCUUGGAAACCCUUUGGGGCAGUUCUACUCUGUUCUAUAGGGUCGCUAUGAGUCGGACUCGACUGGACUGCAACGGGUUUGGUUUUUUUGGUUUUCACUCGCAAUGGUAGCAUUCAGAAAACUGUAGGCAUUUCUGCAUAGUAAUGAUGUAUGUUCAUGUGGGUGAGUGUUCUGAAGAAUUUGGUUUCCUGCUCAUUUAAAAUAGGAUGAACUGAAGUAGUCAAUAUUAUUAUUUCCAUGAGUUUAGAAAAGAUAAUUGAAAUAGCAUACCAAUCAAGAAAAAAAUCAUGCUUUUGGUUUAAAAGUUUAGGUUUAGUUUGGAGGUCCACUGAUAAUGAAUUUUUUGAGCGAUGUGCUCAUCCGGAUAACACUGAUAAAGCCUGCUCAACUGAGGUUUAGAAAUGGAGCAAAAAAGAAAGAGAACUUUGUCAUAUGCCUGUCCGAAAAAUAGAAAAUUAAAAACAAUUCCACUAAAAUUCUAAGACAAGUAGCCACAACUAAUUUUCUCUUACCAAUUUUACUCAGUCCUAUUUUGUUUUCCACUUAGUUAUCUCCAUUCAUGACAUCAUCUGCCUGUGGGCUAAAAUAGCCCUGGAAAUCCUGAGUCUUAGGUGCACUGGAAUAGUCCGUCAGUUUUAUGCACCAUAUCAGCUUACCCUGAGAAGCCUGCCUUCGGACUGAGGUCCUGAGACUGUUCUUUGUCUUUGGUGUUCCUUCCAGAAGACUCACCCUCUAGCUCAGCACUGUCCAACAGAACUUUUCUGCAAUGAUGGACAUGUUUCAUGUCUGCGCUGGCUAAUACUGUAGCCACUAGCCAUGAGUGGCCAUUGAGCACUUGAAAUGUGACCAGGAUGACUGAGGAGCCAAAUUUAAAACUUUAUUUAAUUUUAAUUAAUUUAAACUUAAGUUUAAGUAGCCACAUGUGGCUAGUAGCUACUAUAUGGGACGGCAGGGCUCUAUCUGUAAUUUAUAGCAGAAACCACCUAUUGAAAGACAAUAAGUGUCUUUCUGGUUUAUUUAUUAUAGUAAUCAGAAGUAUCAGAAUGGAGGAAAGUGGAAUAUGCUAUUAGGGAAUAGUACAUAAGUGAGUGGGCCUACCUGUAACUAUAUAUUUAGUCUGUGAUUACCCUGAGGACAAGAAAGUAUUAUGAACAGAGAAACCACCCAUUGCCGUCGAGUUGAUUUCAACCCAUAGUGGCCCUAUAGGACAGAGUAGAACUGCCCCAUAGGGUUUCCAAGGCUGUAAUCUUUACAGAAGCAGACUGCCACAACUUUCUCCCAAGGAGCGGCUGGUGGAUUUGAACCACCGACCUUUCGGUUAGCAGACGAGCACUUAACCAAUGCCCCACCAGGGCUCCUGAUGAACAGAGGAGGCCUUGAUAAGUCUACAGCGUAUUUAAAUCUGUCCUGUAAAGUGUGCUAUAAUCACUACCAAACAACAGCAGUAUUGUAAAGUUAGCAAUUAAAUCUUUAGAAGUCAGUUUGUUAACGGUGACCUUAUUAGUCCUUACACAUGAACAUGAACAUGUUAUUACCCUGUUUAAAAAGCUAUACAGUUUCAUAGCAUAUCACUUUACCUAUACAACAUUAAAGUAAAUUGAAGAACUAGAUGGUGCCCGGGUACCACUAUCAGCUGUUCUGACCAGUUGAUUACAAUAGAUGGUCCUGGAUAGAAUGGGAGAAAAAUGUAGAACAAAAGUCAAAUUCUUAAACAAGGCCAGACUUACUGGACCAGUUGAGACCAGAGGACUCCCUAAGACUAUCGUCCCUGAGAUACUCUAAACCUUGAACCGAAACUAUCCCCUGAGAUCACUGUUUACUGAAAUAACAGAGUGGCACACAAAAUAAAGGAUAUUACCCAUAAGUAUGGUGCUGUACUAAAAAACCAUCUAUAUGAGACCAAGAGGUCAAUGUUUACAAGCAAGGAUGAGAAGAUAAGGGAGCAGGGAAACUAGAUAACAAGAAAUGGAACAACCAAAACACAAUUAAAGAGAGUGUUGACACAUUGUGAAAAAUGUAACUAAUGUCACUGAACAAUUUGUAUAGAAAUUGUCAAACGGGAACCUAAUUUGCUGUGUAAACUUGUACCAAAAACUCAAUAAAAUAUUUUUAAAAAUAAAGGAAAUUGAGCUUCUUUCUUUGACUUGACAGCUUCCCACAUAUGGUGAGUCUAUACUAGAGUUUACUGUUGAGCUAAUUAAGAAUAUGCAACACAAAUGUAUUAUGUAAAUUUUUACAUCAAAGAAGAAAACAAACAUAUAAAGCAUGCCUCUCAUACCUAAUUAUUUCUAACUUCCUUGCUUGUGUUGCCACAUUGUGUGUCAGGAAGUGAGGAAGCAAGCCUUUGGUGCUAGUGGCCAUCUAGGAGCUCACCAAAGAUGGUUUGGGUGCGAGAUACCUCCACAAUUGUAUUAUUCUGAAUUUGGGGCCUAAUCCUGGAAGAGUAACUUUAAAAAGAGAGAUGUCAGUAAGUCAGACACAAAAGGACAAAUAUUGUAUGACCCCACUUAUAUGAACUAUCCAGAAUAGGAAAAUGCAUAGAGACCAAAGUUCAUUAGAAGUUACCUCAGGCAGGUGGGAAGGGGAAAUGGGGGUGCGGGGCUGCGUACUGCUUAAGCCGCACAGAAUUCUUGUCAAGGGCGAUGAAAAACUUGGGAAACGAAAAGUGGUGAUGGUUGCACAACAUGGUGACUGUUGUUAACGUCACUGAAUUGUACAUGUAAAAGUGGUUGAAGUGUUUUGUUGCACAUAUUAGAUAUUAAAAAUGGAAAAAUAAAAAGAGAGAGAGAGAGAUGUCAGAUCAAAAUACAGAACAGAAAGUAGCCACAGCCUUGGCUGCACUGGUAACCAGAGUAACUGCUUUCUGACAACCACCACAGAAAGUGACAUAACAUUAGGGAUUUUAGCUUCUUUAGAAGCCAGAACCCUUAUUAUUCUUGCUGUUUUGUUUGCUUAUCUUUCUACAAUCAUCUACAGCAGGAGCACUCAAAUGCAGCACAGAAGCCUGGAAGUUAGCAGGCUUUUUUGAGAGCAUACAUGUAAGUUGGGUGAGGCAAAAAUAAGGUUCUCUUUUCAAAAAAGAAUUAAUUUAAUUUUUGGUUUAGUAUAUGUACAUAUUUAAAUAUACUAAUUUAAGCAUAAAUUCACAUAAACGAAAUAAUCAUACAUGGCAUUAUUUAAGCUGAAGUACAGCCAGAAUGCUCCUUGGAAGCAAGGAUGGCAAGACUUCGUCCCAUAUAUUUUGGACAUGUGAUCAGGAGGGACCAGUCCCAGGAGAAGGACAUCAUGCUUGGUAAGGCAGCCAAACCAAAAAAAAACCAAACCCACUGCUGUCGAGUCGAUUCUGACUUACAGCAACUUUAUAGGACGGAGUAGAACUGCCCCAUAGGAUUUCCAAGGAGCUCAGCUGAUGGACUCGAACUACCAACCUUUUGGUUAACAGCUGUAGCUCUUAGCCACUAUACCACCAAGGUUUCCAGUGGUAAGGUAGAAGGUCAGUGAAAAAGAGGAAGACUCUCAACAGGAUGGAUCGAAACAGUAGCUGCAACAAUGGGCUCAAGCAUAGCAACGAUUGUGAGGAUGGCGAAGGACCCGGGCGGAGUUUCAUUCUGUUGUACACAGGGUCACUAUGAGUCAGAACGAACUCAAUAGCAUCUAACAACAACAACAAGCUUUAAACCUUAGUUUUUAAAAUAUAAUUGCUCUUAAAAAGCUUAUUACGAGCCACUGUUCUUACAGCAUUGAUUUUUACCAUCAUGAUUUAAAUGUUAUAAGGAACCCUGGUGGUGCAAAGGUUAAGCACUCACCUGCUAACUGAAAGGUUGGUGGUUCGAACCCACUCUGGGUAGUGCAAACGCUUUGCACUUGACUACUAACCUCAAGGUUGGUGGUUCCAACCCACCCAGUGGCACCAUAGAAGAAAUGCCUGGCAAUCUGCUUUCGUAAAGAUUACAGCCUAAAAAACCCUAUGGGCCAGUUCUACUCUGUCACAUAGGGUCGCUAUGAAUCGGAAUCAACUCAACGGCAAAAGGUUUGGUUUUGAUUUUGGUGAGGCGCCCUCGUGCGGCCAUGGACUAGUACACAUUCUGACCAAUUUAGCACUGUCCCAGAGUUUUC